AUGGCCACGCAAAACGACCUCGCCGCCUACUUCCGCAGUCUCCAUGCCCCCGGCAACCCAGUAGUUCUCACGAAUGUCUAUGAUGGAGCAACAGCAUCCCAUAUCGCCAACCAUCCCGCGACUAAGGCCAUCGCAACGGCUAGCUACGCUAUUGCCGCAUCCCAAGGCAUCCCCGAUGAAUGUUUAACACUGUCACAGAAUCUAGCUUCAAUUCGCAUCGUUGCAUCUGUCUUGAAACGGGAUUCAAGUGACAAAGAGUCGACAAAUUCACUUCUUCGAGUUCCCCUGACAGUCGACGUACAAGAUGGCUACGACAACGUGGCCCAGACAGUAAAGGAAAUCAUCAAACUGGGAGCCGUGGGAUGCAACAUCGAGGACUUCGACAAUAAUACCGGCCAUCUUCGGUCACUCCCGGCCGCUGUGAAGCGGAUUCAAUACGCCCUUGAAGCUGCGAGGGAGGUAGGCGUUCCAGAUUUCGUGGUCAAUGCGCGAACAGAUGUUCUAGGGUCCCCGGGAGGAACUGUUCAAGAUGCAAUCGAAAGAGGCAAGGCGUUUCUGGAAGCGGGAGCCUGUACGGUAUUUGUUUGGGGACCCGGAGGGAGAGGCGUUUCCAGUGCCGAGAUUAAGGAGUUGGUUGCGGCAUUGGGAGGGAAGGUCAAUGUCAAGUUGGUGCUGAAGGAUGGAUUCUUGACGGUGCCGGAAUUGAAAGCCAUCGGUGUAGCGAGGAUCAGUGUUGGACCGGAGUUGUGGCGCGCUGCGAUGGGCUCUUUCAAGGACACGGCGGACCGGCUGUUGAGUUCCUGUGAGAAAUGA